AUGAAAUUGAAGUUGCCAAAAAAUAAAGUUUUUGCAACAUAUGUGUGGAUCGAUGGAGGAGGUAUCAAUUUGCGUUCAAAAGAUCGUGUGCUGCCCCGAGCUCCGAGUGAUUUGUCACAAGUACCGGAGUGGUCAUUUGAUGGAAGUUCAACUGGGCAAGCCAAGACUGAUGACUCUGAUACUCAUUUAAUUCCUGUAGCUGUAUAUCAAGAUCCGUUUCGAAAAUGCCCUCACGUACUUGUACUAUGUGAAACCUAUCACGCUAAUGGAACUGCGACAGCAACCAAUCACAGGGCUAAGUGCGCUGAUGUAUUAAGUAAAAUGUCACAUCUAGAACCUUGGUUUGGGAUUGAGCAAGAAUACACCAUGUUUGAUUCAGAUUUGUGGCCAUUGGGUUGGCCAAAAAUAAGAGGUUAUCCCACCACAAAAGCAAAGUUUUCUUAUUGUGGCAUUGGGGAACACGUUGCAGGACGGGAAAUAGCAGAAAGUCAUGCGAGGGCUUGUAUUUAUUCUGGAAUGGAUUACGGUGGUUCAAAUGCAGAAGUAAUGAUGGGCUCCUGGGAAUUCCAAGUCGGUACCACGAUGGGAAUAAAAACUGCUGACGAUUUAUGGCUAGGACGUUAUUUACUUGGAAGAAUCGCGGAACAGUAUGGGGUUAUUAUAAGCUAUCAUCCGAAACCAAUGGGAAGGAAUCAACCGGGUAUUGGGUGUCACCAUAAUUUCAGUGUAAAGAAAAUGCGUGAAGAUGGGGGACUCACAGAAAUUGAAAGAGUCUGUAAAAAGCUUUGCCAAAGUCACAAAGAGCACAUGAAAAGUUAUGGACUUGGCGAUGGUCAAGAAAAUCGUAAAAGAUUGACUGGCAAAUUUGAGACCGCUGCAUUUGAUACUUGCAAAUGGGCUGUAGCAGAUAGAGGUGCUUCUAUAAGAUUGCAAAGAAGCGUUAUGACGAACAAGAAAGGGUUCUUGGAAGACCGUCGACCGGCUGGAGAUUGUGAUCCUUAUAGAGUUUGUGCUAUAAUCGCAGAAACUUGUGUAGACAGUGGUGCAGCAGGUUCUAAAAAAACGGUGUGUUAA